AUGUCAAAUCACACAAGUCCCCUAAAAUUCAACAAACAUCCUGACAAACUUUGCAAUAAUAUCAAGAAUAUUAUGAUCAGAUGUGCAAAGAAAACAAUUUCCAGAGGCAAAUCUAAACACUAUCAAGUGUUUUGGUCUAAACUCCUUGAGAAACUGAAAAGAAAGUGGGAUGCCCUUAGCAACAUUGCUGAUCAGGCUGGUAGAACGGAAGACGUACAAGCUUGGAGACGACAAUCAGCUGUCCAAAGACAAGCCAUCUUACAAGCUAAAUGGACUGCUUUCGCAAACUCGUGUCAAAUAUCAACUAGCAAAGUGAUGGCCAACGCACUUUUAAAUUCCUGGGUUACCUCCAAAAAAACAGGGAAAGACCCAAGAAAGAACAAAUACGCUUAA